ACAGACUGGUCCUGCCUUGCCAAACGGUUCUGAGGCUGAAAGCUGCUAACUGACUCACGAAGUAUGCUACAGAGGAUUCAAUGAAGGAAAGGAGGAAUAGCCUGCGCACUGUGAGUGAGUUUCUAAAAGAAGAGGAGGGAUAUAGGCUGCAUGACAUUAGAGGGAGAGGACCAGUGUCUUAGAGGAGGAGGAGUUGUUUGGACAGAAGUGAGCGGCCUACAGGGCCACUGUAGACAGGACCAGCCCGGGUCUAGCCUACUGUUGCACGGAAUACCGACCGUCACGGUCGCACCACACGAGCUGUCUCUCUUGGAAGCCGCUUGGCAGAUUAUUCAAGAUGCAAACAUCUGCUGUGCACGGCCGUUAAGCAGCUAGCGAGUUUACUGCUGCAGCAUCCGAGAAGGACCUGCUUGUAUACGUGCAGGUCUGAGUGCGUGCAGGAGAGAGAGAGAGAUAGUGUGUGUGUGUGUGUGUGUGUGUGUGUGUGUGUGUGUGUGUGUGUGUGUGUGUGUGUGUGCACGCGUAAGUGCGUGUUUGUGUGUCGCUAUGAGUCUUGUGUCGGGCUUCCCUCACCACCCGGUCAUGCACCACCACGACAGCCACCACUACUCCUUGCAUGCGGCGGCGGCCGGUCGGUGUCACGAGGAUACCGGGGCCCCUCCGUACUUCACAAGCUGGUUAAUAAGCCACGCGGAUAUGUCUCCCACCGAAUAUAGCCUCGCGCCCGGCUACAGCCCAGAGUACCAUGGCAACAGCGGCGGCGGUUCCACCGGGGGCCUGGACCCCCACCAUCACCACCAUUACGGACCAGGCGGCUUGGUUCCGGGGGCCGGUGCGAUCUCGGUGAACGGAGCCACGGUCGGUAUGCACCCCCACCACACGCAUCCUCGGCCCGUGAAGCGGAGACCCACGGCCAACCGUAAGGAGAGGAGGCGGACCCAGAGCAUCAACUCGGCAUUUGCGGAACUGAGGGAGUGUAUCCCGAACGUCCCGGCCGACACUAAGCUGUCCAAGAUCAAGACGCUGCGGCUGGCCACCAGCUACAUCUCCUACCUGAUGGACAUUCUGGACAAGGACGGACAGCACGGAGACACCCAGGCUUUUAAGGCCGAGCUGAAGAAAACAGAGGCCCGGGAGGAGCGGAGGAAGAGAGAGGCGGUGGAGAUUCCGAAGACGACAUUAUCUUCAUCCUCAUCGUCAUCCUCCUCGUCAGCGAGCGAUAAGAAGAGUAAAGGGCGGACAGGUUGGCCUCAACAUGUCUGGGCUCUGGAACUCAAACAGUAGCGCCCCCCCCCCCCCCUCCUGCAGCUCUGUCCGCGAGGAGAGUGAUGGGACAAUAAUGACGCGCUCUGAUGAUCUGGUGGCAGUCAUCGUGAUCUUUGUGGACCUCGAGGCUGUUCACUUGCACGCUCUGUGGACGCUGUGUUUGUUAUAGCCUGUUGCUCCGUUCAUUCCGCUAUGGCGAGACACAAAGAAAUGUAUUCGUUAGAGUGCCUCAGAACAUCAUUUCAGAUUCAUAGACCACCCCCACCACCACCUUCAUCAGCGAAGGCGGUUUCUGCGGGUUUGACUCUGAACCCGGAUUUAAAUUGGAUCGCUUGGAAAUAUUUCACAACUAAUGGUCUUUUUUUAAAGUGUUUAUUUUAAUUAAGAAACAUUUAUAAAAAAUAAAAAAAAUCGACAGAAUAGCCUAUGGAUUCAGUAAAUGGACAUAUAGAUGGAAAUUGUCAAUCAUCAUUUCCCCAAUUGGACAGGCUAUUUGAUGUCAGUGGAAACUAGGGAUAGGUUUAUUUAAAAUAGGCUACAGUCCGUAUCUAUAGGGUUGAAGGGGAUGAAGAUGUUAAAAUGAUACAUAAUCUAUACAUUUGAGCCCGUGACUCAAUAGUAUCCGCUGUUACACUCGUCCAAUUUAAACAGCUUUGAAAAGUCACCGCUCUAACGCAUUAAUGAAAUGGAUGCUAUUUGGUGGAAUUAAAGAGUUGUCUUUUAAAACCUCUUGGGUAAUGUUCUACCGGAUGUGUGGCCUUUACGUCUCACUGAGCAAAGUAGCUUCAUACAGGCUGGAUUGUGAACGGAGUGCGGCGGAGUCUGUCUUUUCUGGGGAAUCAUUCCUCUCUCUCUCUCCUCGAAACACCCACCACCCUCACACACCCACACGCAAAUACACACACGAGCGCCAGGUGUUGAAGUGAUACUUGCUUUAUUUAACGGAAUAUAUUUAUGUGCAAUGCUGCCGUUAGAAGGACUCAAACAGGUCUAUCAAUGUCUGACAGCAGACAUUUAGUGUCCUUUGAUUAAAACUGCGAGGUGUAUGUGAAUCUCUCUCUCUCUCUCUCUCUCUCUCUCUCUCUCUCUCUCUCUCUCUGGUUGUACAUGUAAUGACGUCACAAUGACGAAAUGUCCAUGUUGUAGUGUGAAAAUGUGGUGGGAGUCUAGAUAAUGCUUUAUGUGGGCUGUAAUCAGUGUCAUGAAUUUAAUAAACCAUCUGGUUACAUGGUAACUGAUGCAAAC